UGUUAAGCAGCAGUCUCAGCGCUGGAUUCCGAGCGAGGGAGACGCGCAACCCCGAAGGCGCAGCGGAGGGGAGGCGAGAGAGGCAGCUAAAGAGAGCAGAGCGGGGGAAAAAUCAAAUCUAUGCUUGGAACUGGGCUUCUUUUUCGCCAAUGCAAAAGGGAAUAUGCAGCACAUUUUUGCCUUCUUCUGCACCAGUUUCCUAGGGGCGGUGUUAGGGGCCAAUUUCCCCAACAAUAUCCAGAUAGGGGGGUUAUUUCCUAAUCAACAGUCCCAGGAACAUGCGGCUUUUAGGUUUGCGUUGUCUCAGCUCACGGAACCCCCUAAGCUCCUUCCCCAGAUCGACAUUGUGAACAUUAGCGACAGCUUUGAAAUGACAUAUACCUUCUGCUCGCAGUUCUCCAAGGGCGUCUACGCCAUCUUUGGAUUUUACGAGAGGAGGACCGUUAACAUGCUCACGUCUUUCUGUGGGGCUCUCCAUGUCUGCUUCAUAACGCCAAGCUUCCCCGUUGAAACAUCCAACCAGUUUGUUCUCCAGCUUCGCCCAGAGCUCCAGGAUGCCCUCAUCAGUGUCAUCGAGCACUACAACUGGCAGAAGUUUGUAUAUAUUUAUGAUGCUGACCGGGGGUUAUCAGUCCUACAGAAAGUGCUGGACACCGCAGCCGAGAAGAACUGGCAGGUGACAGCUGUCAACAUCCUGACGACAACAGAAGAGGGCUACCGCAUGCUCUUCCAGGAGCUGGAGAAGAAGAAGGAAAGGCUGGUGGUUGUGGACUGUGAAUCUGAGCGGCUGAACAUCAUCCUUAGCAAGGUUGUCAAGAGAGACCGGUUCAUUCCCAGCCAUCUCCUGGCUGUUUUGUCAGCUUAUGGCCGCAAGACAG